GGGGCAGGGUUCUCUUUUUUAUCUUAGCUCAGCAACGCCAAGAGUGAGAGCCAGGGAGAUGGAAACCAUGUUACUUCUCCGCUUGUCGGCUCUGCUGCUGCUGCUGCCGGCGGCAUUGCCGUCGGAGGCCGCGACGCUGGCGCUGUACAACCGGUGCCGGGAGACGGUGUGGCCUGGCAUCCAGCCGAGCGCCGGGAAGCCCAUACUCGCCCGCGGCGGCUUCCGCCUGCUUCCCAACCAGGCUUACUCCAUCCGCCUGCCCCCUGGCUGGUCCGGCCGCGUCUGGGGCCGCCAGGGGUGCACCUUCGACCCCGCCACCAGCCGCGGCCGCUGCGCCACCGGCGACUGCGGCGGGAACCUCUUCUGCGCCGGUCUCGGCGGUUCUACCCCGGCCACCCUCGUGGAGAUCACCCUCGGCCAGGGCCAGACUCAGGACUUCUACGACGUGAGCCUCGUGGACGGCUACAACCUCGGCAUCUCCAUGACGCCGUUCCGAGGAAAGGCAUCCGUCGGCGGCGUUGGCGGGGGGGCGCGGUGCGCGGCUGCGGGGUGCGUGAGCGAUCUGAACGCGGUGUGCCCGGCGGGGCUGGCGGUGAGAGACGGGGGGCGAGGUGGGGGGAGGGUGGUGGGGUGCAAGAGCGCGUGCUCGGCGUUUGGGUCGCCGAGGUACUGCUGCACGGGGAGCUACGGGGGGCCGCAGCAGUGCAAGCCCACGUCCUACUCGCGGCUGUUCAAGACCGCAUGCCCCCGGGCUUACUCCUACGCCUACGACGAUGCCACAAGCAUCCUCACCUGCUCCCCGGGCGCCAGCUACCUCGUCACCUUCUGCCCCCACCACUGAUUCAUUUCAACAUCAAGCCAUCACCAAACAUGGCUGCUUGCUGCUGCUGUCAUGAUGCAUUGCCUCAUCUUACUACUUCAUACAUACAUAUAUAUAUAUAUAUAUGUAGUGGUACUGCUAGGAGCUACUAGGAAUAGUUUGUACUACUUCUCAUGGAUCUUAUGACAUCUAGUCUUGUCUCCUUGUUAGUUUACUUCUAUAUAUGUUAUCACCUGAUGCUUCUAUCUCAUGUUUGGAUUUGUAUUUCAGUUAGUGUGUUGGAAGUUAAGUGAAGGACUUUGGCAUGGUUGAUGGAAAUUAAUUGAUGAAAUGGCUUCACUCAGAGGAGAAGGGCAGAAAUAACAACAAUGAGUUUGUUGCCUAUGAAAUCUAAGAAAUUUUCGGAACCAAGGAGAAAUAUUUUAAAGAGGAUUUAUGAAUUA